AUGCCAGAACGAAAUGGUGUUGUGCAAAGAAAGAAUAUAACAGUUCAAGAAGCUACUAGAACCAUGAUGAUUGAAGUAAAUGUUUUGCAUAUGUUUUUGAGAGAAGCUACGAGUACUGCAAUAUACACUCUUAACCGGCCGGAACAGAAAUCAAAAGAGAUGUCUAGUAUUGUUUAUCCAUGUGCAGCGUGCAAGAUUCAACGAAGAAAAUGUGGAGAUAAAUGCGUGCUCGCUCCUUAUUUUCCUCCAAAUGAUCCUCACAAAUUCUUAGUGGUUCACAAAUUAUUUGGAACAAGCAACAUUAUCAGAACACUUAAGGAUAUUCCGGAGGAGAAGAGAGCAGAUGCUGUAACAAGCCUGGUAUAUGAAGCAAGUGCGAGAGCAAAUGACCCAAUUUACGGUUGCACUGGUGCCAUUUGUCGACUGCAGCAGCGAGUAUCAGAACUUGUAUCACAACAGGAAAACAUUCAAGCAGAGCUCGUCAACACACAGGCUAAUCUUUCGUCUCUGGUCACCGGGUUUUGUAAUUACGGUGAAACGGCAACUGGAAUGAAUUUAGUAGAUCAAAACGAUCCAUAUAACAAGGAUGAAGUAAGAGUUUUGGAAGACGAUGAUGACCCGUUUGGAUUAUGGGCACCACUGUGA